CGAAAAUGAAAUUGAAAAUGACAAGAAAACCACCCAUGUUGGGCUUGACCUUCGACCUUCCAGAUUCCUCACUCUGACCUCUGGCUUGACCGCUCGUGCUCGUGCCGCCCGAGAUGAGAUGGCGUGGACUGAAGUUGGAUGGCUCGUGCGCAAUCUCAGAUGUCGUCCCCACUCCUUCUUUGUGCAGGGGCCUGCAUGAAACAACCUGGGUCCUCGUGUUGUCUUCGGGCGGGCGAACCCUGCCAGCCUGCCAACCCUGAGGAGCGGCAGCCUGGGCGCCUGAGGCACGAACCGCCCUGAAUCCUUUCCCAAGCCUGGAAAAACUCCGGCAAACGGGAGGGCCCGACGUCAAGACACGAAGGCGCGAUAGGAGCACCACCUUAGACAAGCCGUCGGAUCAAAAAAGUACGGAGUACCCAAAGGUCAACACCCACCAUGCCGCCCCGAAUAAACAUCCCGCCAGUAACGCGCAUCUGCCUCAUCGUGCUGCUUGUCCAGUCAGUGCUGAGCGCCGCUAUACGAUACCGACAAUGGACGGCCAACUCUGAAAUCGUUAUCCCAUAUCUGAACCUGAUCCCACAGCUAUCACUGGUCUACCCCUGGACCUUUUUGACGACGACACUAGUCGAGAGCAACAUCUUCACCCUGAGCAUUGCCGGCUUCACACUCUACCAUGGCGGCCGCUACCUCGAACGUGCGUGGUCAGGCCGGGAGCUUGCCAAGUUCCUGCUCAUCGUUUCCCUUGUGCCAAAUGCCUUGGUCUUUGCUACCACCAUCUUCUUCUUUGCCCUGACAAGAAAUGAGGGGUGGACGCUCAUGACCAUCGCCGGAACCAUCCCCAUCCAGAUCUCCUUCCUCGUCGCCUUCAGCCAGCUUGUCCCCGCACACACCGUAACCCUCUUCAGGGGCAUCCUCUCCCUGCGGGUACCUCGAUUUCCCCUCCUUUACAUCGGCCUCGUCAUCCUCCUCUGCCUCACCCCGAUGCUCACUGCCGCUUCGUUCCUCCUCGCCAUCUAUGGCCUCAUCGUAAGCUGGACCUACCUCCGCUUCUACAAGCCCGUCUUCCCCGAUCUCGAUGCGUCGCAACCCGCCCACCUCCGCGGCGACGCCAGUGAGACUUUUGCGUUCGCCCAGUUCUUCCCCGGCCCCGUCCGGCCUCUGGCCUCGAGCAUCUCAGAUCAGGUGUUCAUCGUCCUCGUUGCUAUGCGCCUUUGCACACCCUUCAGCGCUGCUGAUGUAUCAGCCGCCCGGGGAGAUCACCACCACCACAACUUUGCUCAGCGCGGUGUGCCGGGUAGUGCUCGCGCCGAAGCUGAAAGGAGGAGAGCUCUGGCGUUGAAGGCGCUUGAUCAGCGGCUACACGCUGCCACGGCGAAUGCGGCGGCCAGGGCGUCGAACGCACCGCCUCCACCAGCGGUUGUUCCUCCUAUUCCCUCGGCGACGGGACCAACAGUACAGAGCCAACCGCAAGCUGGAGCGCAAAAGACCAUGACGGUGCAGGGUGGAGGAGAGAUGCUGGGGGAGACAUCGUAUAACCCUGAUGGAGAUGACCACAAAUAGAGUGGUUAUAAGUACUAUAGUGAGAAGUUAUGAAUACCGGAGAGCAGAUAGAAAGUGGAGGUGAUGAUGGAGGAGAAGGGCAAAAGGGAGGUUGGAAACGUUUUAAUGACUGAUUACUACCCCCUUAAUUUUAUUCGCAUCUUUUUUUGGUAAGCCAACGGAGCGAACAGAAGAUCUUUUUAUGGUUCAUGGAGUUGGAGGUUUAUCAAAGAAACGGAAUUGGGCGGUAGGUAGGAGAUACCUUGUCAGCUUCCGAAGUUGUUAUUCAUAUAAUGGAGGGAUGACUAUACUAUAUGCUGUUGACAAAAUUGAAAGAUCCCAUACCCUGUGUUUCGCCUGGGCUUUUUGACACUUGGUAACUAUCGUGAACAG